CUCCUCGGUCGAAACCAGACCCCUCAAACCUAAAACGACGACGUUGAAUCUUCGUCUUCAACCUUCACCUUCCUCUUCACCUCUGCAACUCUCUCUCUCUUUCUCACUCUCACAUACUCUUUCCAGCUCCAACGUUCUACAACAAUGAGAAGACCAAAAUCCAAGGAGUUUCGGAAGCAACAACGUCUCUCAGAAGAGGAAGAGAUAAAGCUCUUGGAUUCAUGGAUCCAAUCCCAGAAACCAAACUCUGGUUCCAACCCAAUGUCACUGCCUCCACUCCCCAAAGACGCCCCCGUUGGCCGUAUCGACGACACCACGUUCUCGCGCUACGCCGGCGUCAACCGCUUCAGCCACUUGCCUCUGUCCAAGAAAACCAUUGACGGCUUGCGUGAUGCUAAGUUCGUUGCCAUGACUGAUAUACAGAGAGCUUCUCUUCCCCACGCGCUUUGCGGCCGUGAUGUGCUUGGCGCCGCCAAAACUGGCUCCGGCAAAACGCUUGCUUUCAUCAUUCCGGUGUUGGAGAAGCUACAUAGAGAGAGAUGGGGACCUGAGGAUGGAGUUGGCAGCAUUAUCAUAUCCCCUACGAGAGAAUUAGCUGGUCAGUUAUUUGAUGUGUUGAAGGCUGUUGGGAAGUACCAUGGUUUUAGUGCUGGCCUCCUCAUUGGCGGUCGCAAGGAUGUUAACAUGGAGAAAGAGCGUGUCAAUGAGCUCAACAUCUUGAUCUGCACACCUGGUCGCCUUCUACAGCACAUGGAUGAAACUCCCAACUUUGAUUGUUCGCAGAUGCAGGUUUUAGUACUAGAUGAGGCUGAUCGUAUUCUCGACAGUGGAUUCAAGAAGGAUCUAAAUGCAAUAAUCUCACAGCUGCCAAAACGUAGACAAACCUUUCUUUUCUCAGCCACUCAAACAAAGUCGAUUCAAGAUCUUGCAAGACUAAGUUUGAAAGACCCAGAGUAUCUGAGUGUGCACGAAGAGUCUGUGACUGCCACUCCUACUCUCUUGAAGCAAAUUGUGAUGAUUGUUCCUCUGGAUCAGAAGUUAGAUAUGCUGUGGAGUUUCAUAAAGACACAUCUUCAGUCAAAAACACUUGUCUUUCUUUCGAGCUGUAAACAGGUAAAAUUUGUCUUUGAAGCAUUUAAGAAACUGCACCCUGGCAUACCGCUGAAGUGCCUUCAUGGGAGGAUGAAGCAGGAAAGAAGAAUGGCAAUAUAUUCUGAGUUCUGUGAGAAGCGCUCAGUUCUCUUCUCAACUGAUGUGGCUGCGAGAGGCCUUGAUUUUAAUAAGGCGGUUGACUGGGUUGUUCAGGUUGAUUGUCCUGAGAAUGUAGCAUCUUACAUACAUAGAGUUGGCCGUACUGCUCGUUAUAAAUCCGUUGGAAAGUCAGUUUUGUUUCUUUUGCCUUCAGAAGUUGAAAUGCUUGAAAGAUUAAAAGCAGCAAAGGUUCCAGUGCAUCUUACCAAGCCAAGGAAAGAACUACUGCAACCAGUUUCUGGUUUGUUGGCAUCUUUACUGAUCAAGUAUCCUGACCUGCAACCUCGGGCUCAAAGGGCAUUUGUCACAUAUUUGAGAUCCAUCCAUAUCCAAAAGGAUAAAGAGAUCUUUGAUGUUUUGAAACUACCUAUUGACGAGUAUUCAGCAUCAUUAGGCUUGCCAAUGACUCCCAAAGUCCGAUUUCUAAACCAGAAAAUUAAGUCUAAAGCGGUGUCAACAACAUCGGUUUUAGCUGAACCAGAAGAUUCAAAUAAGGAAAAUGACUUUGUGGUUUCAACAAAUAAGCUAGACACAAUUGCUUUGAAGGAUGAGGAAACUGAUGAUGAUCUUCUUCGGGCAGCUGAUACCUCAAAUGAAGGCGAUGUGAAGUCAUCUGAAAUUACAGAAAUAAUGCCAGCAACUCGUCUAUUGAAGAAAAAGAAGCUCAAGAUUAAUGUUCACAGACCAUUGGGCACUCGGGUUGUAUUUGAUGAUGAAGGCAACACACUUCCUCCGCUAGCCAGGAUUGCUGACACACAUGGUGGCAAGGAAUCAUUGCUUCUUGACCCAGAACAAAAAGCUGAAUACUAUAAAAGGAUGCGAGCGGAUUUAAAGAAGGCAGACAAGGAAGACAAACUUGUAGAGCGAAAACGGCUAAGAGAGAAAAGAAUGAAGCAGAAGAUGAAGCUUAAAGCAGGGAAUGCGGAAGAAGAGGACAGCGAAGUUGAUAAUUCUGGGUCAGAAGGAGAUGAAGCAGUAGAUAGACGGCAUAAAAAGAGCAAGAUAUACUUUGAUAGUGAUAGUGAUGGGGGUGAAAGAAAUGAAGUCACAGGGCGUGGUGCAAAUAUUAGUGCUGACUCCAUUACUUUGGAGGAGCAAGAAGCGCUGGCUUUGAAGUUGUUAAAUUCCAUGCAUUCAUAGGACAUGCAUGCUUCAGCUAUAUAUCACGUUUUAUGACGGCAAAACAUGUGAUAAAUAGAGUUGUUUUCUGAACAUUUUUUGUCACGGAUGUUUUAAACUUAUUAAGAGAAAUUUUGUAAACUAUGAAUUUUGCGGCUAUUUGAUCUCAAAUUUAAUCUGCCAGAACAAACUAGAGAUUUUAUGGGAUACCAUAUAUGAUAUCAUCUUUCUGUGAAACGAAA